CCGUCAGGCUGGGCUUGAUAACUGAUCCCCCGUUAUCUUCCACCCUUUCCUUUUCAUUUUAAUCCUCUUCGAUUGAGUUUUUCGUGUUCUGAUUCCUCGGAGCAAGUUCUGGGAUCGAUUGAGGAAUAAGAUCGAGGUUCAAGAACAUGGUUGAGACCAGAAGAAGUUCCUCUUCCUCCAAACGCCCCCUCCCUUCUCCGUCUUCACCUCUGCCCAAUGGAAAGCGGUCCAAGGCGACGGAGUCUUUGUCAUCCACUGAUGACAUGCUCGGGGAGAAGACACCGGGUGCGGUGAAUGAAUCAGGGCCGGAAUCGGCGGAGCAAGAGAUUCGAUCAGCUGAUCUGGAUGGUACCAGUGCUCUGAAGUCGCCGGACGCGCCGGUCCCUGAGAAAUCGCCUGAGGCUCCCCUUGGUGGUGAGCCUUUGGUAUCGCCAAUGAUUCUGGGUGAUUCUGCUAUUGAUGUGGAUAAGGUGAAGGGAAAUGGGUCUGCAUUGAAUAGGGGAAAAAAGCGGCAGCUAAAGUCUAAUGUCGCGACUGCAUGGGGAAAGCUUCUUUCUCAGUAUCCACAAAUUCCCCAUGUUCCCUUGGAUCAAUCUACUUUUACUGUUGGACAAGGCCGCCAAUGUGAUUUGUGUGUGGAUGAUCCAUCUGUUAGUAAAUCUUUAUGUAAUCUGAAGCACAUCCAGAGAGAGAAAGGGAGUUCCAUCACAUUACUUGAAAUAAGUGGGAAAAAAGGUUGUGUACAAGUAAAUGGUAAGAUAUAUCCAAAGAAUUCUACUGUGCCAUUGAAUGGAGGUGAUGAGGUGAUUUUUGGCUCUUCUGGCAAGCAUGCUUAUAUCUUUCAAAAGUUUACCAAUGAAGACAUAUCUGCUGCAAGCAUGCCACCUUCAGUUAGCAUCUUAGAAGCCCAUAGUGGACCUGUGAAAGGAGUUAAUUUUGAGGCGAGGUCAGGGGACCCCUCUACUGUAGCAGUUGCAUCUACUUUAGCUUCUUUAUCAAAUCUUAAGAAAGAGUUGUUGCUUCUACCUCCAUCAGUUUGUAAUGACAAUGAUAUAAAACAAGGGCCUGAAAUGCCAGCACUACCAGCUGCUAGUGGAGAGCCAGAUAAACAUGAUUUAGACUGUGACAUGAAGGAUGUUUCUGAUCAUAAUGAUGCACCACUUGAUGAGAAGUCAGGUGCUAUAUCCCCUGAUUCUGGCAAUGACAACUUGAAUCUUGAGAAUGGUGCAAUAGAUUCUUAUGAUGGAGAAAUUGGGAAGGUAACUGGGGCACCUCAGGAACUGAGGCCACUCAUCCAUAUGCUUGCUGGAUCAUCUACUCCUGAGUUUGAUCUGAGUGGUAACAUAUCCAGAAUUAUUGAUCAACGGAGAGAGCUUCUUAAGGAUUUUGAUCCUCUAAUUUCAAUGUCAACCAGGCGUCAAGCUUUUAAAGAUGGGCUGCAACAAACAAUACUUGAUUCCAAUAAUAUUGAAGUCUCAUUCGAGGACUUUCCUUAUUACUUGAGUGAAAUAACAAAGAAUGUUCUGAUUGCUUCAACUUACAUACAUUUGAAGUGCAAUAAGUUUGUAAAGUGUGCCUCUGAACUCCCCACAGUAUGCCCAAGGAUUUUGUUAUCAGGUCCAGCAGGCUCAGAAAUCUAUCAGGAGACGUUGGCUAAGGCACUUGCUAAGUAUUUUGCUGCUAGGCUUCUAGUAGUUGAUUCUCUUGUAUUGCCUGGUGGAUCAGCAAAAGAACUUGAUCCUGUCAAAGAGGUCUCAAAGCCUGAGAGAACAAGUGUGUUUACUAAACGGGCCGCGCAGGCAGCUGUACUACGCCUCAAUAAAAAGCCAGCCUCAAGUGUAGAGGCAGAUAUAACUGGUGGUUCUGCUAUAAGUUCUCAUGCUCAGACUAAGCAGGAGGCUUCUACUGCCUCAUCAAAGAACACAUUCAAAGCUGGUGAUCGUGUGAAGUAUGUUGGUCCUUUACCAACAGGGUUUUCACUGCAAACUCCUGCAAGGGGUCCAGCAUAUGGAUAUAAAGGGAAAGUGCUUCUAGCAUUUGAAGAAAAUGGCUUUUCAAAGAUAGGGGUCAGAUUUGAUCGAUCAAUUCCUGAAGGCAAUGAUCUGGGUGGUCUCUGUGAGGAGGAUCAUGGAUUUUUCUGUGCUGCGGACUUUUUGCGCUUAGAUAACUCCAGUAUUGAUGAUCUUGACAAACUUGCAAUCAAUGAACUUUUUGAGGUUGUUUCCCAAGAAUGUAAAAGUAGUCCUUUAAUUUUGUUUGUGAAAGACAUAGAGAAGUCUAUGGUGGGAAAUCCUGAGGCAUUCGCAGCAUUCAAGCUUAAGCUUGAAAAAUUGCCAGAGAAUGUUGUUGUGAUAGCAUCCUAUACCCAGACAGACAACCGCAAAGAGAAAUCUCAUCCUGGUGGGUUUCUGUUUACAAAGUUUGGGAGCAACCAGACCGCAUUACUUGAUCUUGCUUUCCCGGAUAACUUUGGUAGAUUGCACGAUAGAAGCAAAGAAACACCCAAGGCCAUUAAACAGCUCUCCCGCCUAUUCCCAAACAAAGUGAUGAUACAAAUCCCUCAAGAUGAAACACUACUAUCAGACUGGAAGCAACAGUUGGAUCGAGACAUUGAAACUAUGAAAUCUCAAUCAAAUGCUGUUAACAUUCGCAAUGUCUUGAAUCGAGUUGAGAUUGAUUGUCCUGACAUUGAAACAUUAUGUAUAAAAGAUACAGCAUUGACGAAUGAAAGUGUGGAAAAAAUUAUUGGCUGGGCUUUGAGUCAUCACUUUAUGCAUUCUUCUGAAUCUUCUACCAAAGAGGGCAAACUGGUGAUCUCCAGCGAAAGCAUUAGAUAUGGGCUUAGUGUCUUGCAAGGCGUUCAAAACGAAACCAAGAGUGUGAAAAAAUCUCUUAAGGAUGUGGUUACUGAGAAUGAAUUUGAGAAGAAACUACUUGCCGAUGUUAUUCCACCCAGUGAUAUUGGAGUUACUUUUGACGACAUUGGGGCCCUGGAAAAUGUGAAGGAUACUUUGAAAGAAUUGGUCAUGUUGCCUCUUCAAAGACCAGAGUUGUUUUGUAAAGGACAGCUGACCAAGCCUUGCAAGGGGAUAUUGCUUUUUGGACCUCCGGGUACUGGUAAGACUAUGCUUGCAAAAGCAGUUGCAACUGAAGCUGGUGCAAACUUUAUUAACAUAUCAAUGUCAAGCAUUACAUCUAAGUGGUUUGGUGAAGGAGAGAAAUAUGUCAAAGCAGUCUUCACUUUAGCUAGCAAAAUUGCUCCUAGUGUUGUUUUUGUCGAUGAGGUAGACAGCAUGUUAGGGAGACGGGAAAGUCCUGGAGAGCAUGAAGCUAUGCGCAAAAUGAAAAAUGAAUUCAUGGUGAACUGGGAUGGUUUGCGCACAAAGGACAAGGAACGAGUGCUUGUACUUGCGGCAACCAAUAGACCCUUUGACCUUGAUGAGGCAGUUAUUAGGAGGCUUCCUCGAAGGUUGAUGGUUAACUUGCCUGAUGCUCCAAAUAGGGAAAAGAUUUUAAGAAUAAUAUUGGCCAAGGAAGAGUUAUCUCCUAAUGUUGAUCUAGAAGCAAUUGCUAAUAUGACUGAAGGGUAUUCGGGAAGUGAUUUGAAGAACCUGUGUGUGACUGCAGCACAUUGCCCCAUAAGGGAAAUUUUGGAGAAGGAGAAGAAGGAGAAAGCCUUGGCAAUCUCAGAAAACAGACCAGUACCUGCAUUGCAUAACAGUUCUGAUAUUCGUCCUCUUAACAUGGAUGAUUUGAGAUAUGCACAUGAGCAGGUGUGUGCAAGUGUAUCAUCAGAGUCGACAAAUAUGACCGAGCUUCUCCAGUGGAAUGAAUUAUAUGGAGAAGGCGGGUCAAGGAAGAAAAAAGCUCUCAGCUACUUCAUGUAGUAGGGGGGAGGCGGGAGAGAUGUGCGAAAUGUAUAGGCUGCUGCUGCUUAUUAAAUUAGUUCAUUGUUCAUCCCAUCGGGGACUUGUGCGCAUGGGAACUCCAUUUUCAGGUCCCUUUUAGCUCCACAAAUUCUUUCACUUCAGUUCAGUUCCUCCUUGUGUAUCAUAGUUUCUGUCUAUAGGUAAUUUACUUCCCAGAAUGCAAGCAAGCAAGCUCGCUCGCUCUAAAGUAUCUUUGCCCAAAUCUUUCAUUUUUGCUUUUUGCUAGAUCUCAUUAUAUUGUGGAUGUAACGUAUAUACACUUGCAAAGAAAUCUAAUAAGCACCAUUUUAUUGAAUUUUCUGCUAAAA